AUGGCGAACUCGCCGUCGCACAAGUCCAGCCGGAGCGUAGCCUCAUCCACCUCCGCCGGCCGAGACUCCCUUUCACAUUCCAGAGACCGCCGCGAUGCCGGCCCAUCCGCCUCCGCCUCCGCCUCCGCUUCCGACACCGUCCCGGUUGAGACACUUGUGGAACACCUCCUCGCCGCCAAGCGGUCCCUCUCGUCGAUGACGGCCGUGCUGCGCGCCAACGAGAUCGCGACCGACGCCCGCCAGGCCCACGAGGAGGCCGUCGUCCUCUACGCCGAGAGCCAGUUUCUGAAGCGCGCCAUCGCGGACCAGUUGGGGCUGCUGAUGAAGGUCCGUCGCGGGCUCAAGAGGACCUACGAUGCCGGCAAACGCGACUUCAAGAACCUCGUCAAGACGAUGGACGCGACCAACGAGAAGCUGCAGGACACCAUGGCCAUGCUGAAGAACACCACCGUCGAGUCGGUCUUCCGGCCGCCCGGGGAGGAGAGGCGGAACUUGAUAGACUUCGUGGACGAGCAGAGCGUCCACGUCAUGGUCGAGGCUCUGAAGCAGAGCCUCGGCGAGCUACAGGGCAUCCAAACCUCUUUCGAUGGCGACCUCCUGCGAUUUGACGACGACCUUCGAGCUCUCAAAAAGACGAUAACUGCGUCGCCCCUGCCUAGAUCCUCUUCCGACUCUUCGUCGUACGACCCGAUACCCGAGCUCCUCGUAUCCCUCGUCGAGCACUCCCAUUGCAUGGCGCAACUCCUGACAUCCCUCACAAAACACUUCGACCUCUGCGUGACGGCGGUCAGGACGACGGAAGGCGGCGCGGCCCUCGCCCGUCGUAGGGCGGCGGAGGUGACGCAGUCCCAAGGCGGCGACGGCGUCUCGAUAUCGGGGGUCAUCGCCGACCAGGAGUCGCACAUGCCCGACCUGGAGCCCACGACGACGCAGGACCGCGCGGACAUGCUGGACAUCGUCGUCAGCGACGCCUCCGAGGUCGACAGCGUCGUGCAGGAGAUCAACGAGCGGCUGCACGCGAUGGAGGAGGACUUUGCCGCCCUCACGCAGCAGACGGAGCGGAUAAAAUCUGCGUUCCUGGGGACCCUGGACGCGUUCGGCGCGCUGGAGAAUACCGGCGGCCGGGUCGCCAGCUACAUCGCCAGCGAGGCGGAGUUCCUGCAGCGGUGGGAGGACGAGCGGUACACCAUCUACGGCAAGCUCGGAGAGAUGGACCAGCUGAGGGACUUUUAUGAAAAGUACGCGGGCGCUUACGACAAUCUGAUUCUGGAGGUCGAGAGGCGACGCGCCGUGGAGGACAAGAUCCAGACGAUUUGGCGCAAGGCCAAGGACAGCGUCGACAAGCUCAUCGAGAGCGACAGGCGGGAGCGCGACGUCUUCCGCCAAGACAUAGGAGAGUUCAUCCCGACGGAUCUCUGGCCCGGUAUGGACAGCGGGAUGAAGCGUUUCGAGUUGGUGGCGGUCGACGACGGCUCCGCCGAGGAAGACGCGGGCGGGCAGAGGAGCACGCCGGCGCUAGACAGGAGCGUUAUCGACGCGGCCAGGGACCGGACGGAGAGGAGCCAGCAGCGAUAG